AUGAACGAGGAUGAUCAAUUUGAGGAAUUUUUGUUGCCAGUUGAAAGAGGUGCUCCUCAACAUGUUCUUAAUGAUGAGAUGAUAAGUGGAGGGGUUUAUGAUUCACCGACUAGGAAAUUUGGGUGCGUUUUUUAAAAUUUCCUUUUUUUGGAAUGGAAAUUCAAAUAAUUUUUCAUGAAGACAAAGAUAAUGAAAAUUCUGGAAAUUCUCAGAAUCUUCAGAUUGAAAAUCAAAAAGUUCUGAAUUUUCAUCCGCCACGUUCUAAAUAUGAACCUGACUGAAACUUUUUGAAAAAAAAUAAAUAAUUUUUGCAAUUUCAGCGCAAUGCUCGGCGAAAUCGACCCGAAGAUUCCCGAAUCUCCCGACAUGAAAUUCGCCAGAAAACGACUCGGAAAUCUAUUGACAACAAUAAAACAACAUCCAGUCGAAUCGAUUACAAUGCCCGAUUCUUUGAUUCCUUCGAGUUCAGCAGCUCCGGCGACAAAUGAAGAACAAACUGAAAAACGAGGAAGACCACCUGGUAGACCGAGAAAAAUUGUUGAGCCGAAUGAUACGAAAAAGAAUAAUGAGGUGAUGGAUCUGUCGCCGGAUCAGAGUAUUAUGUUUGAGUUGAGGGGAAAACCUUUUGAAUUGGUCGCUGGAAGGUUAGUUUUUAUGGGGAAAAUGAACGAAAAUUGGAUUUUAUCUAGAAAAUUCAAGAUCAUUUAUUUUAUCAACAAUUAAAACUGCUGAAUAUCGACCAAAUGAAAAUUUUUAUAAAAGCUUGGAUAAAAGCUCGAUUAAAAAAAAAUGAAAACUUUCUGGAAUUGAUUAAUUUUUGACCAAAAAUCCAAGUAAUCUUUCAGAUCCGAUUGCGAAUACACAUUGUGCCGAGCUUGGGUUCGCGGAGACAUCACUAAAGAGCAUCCCGCUCCAACAACCCUUCGCCAAGAAUUCGCCCCAAAUCUCGCAGUUGAAUAUCUCGCAUGUCGUGAAAUCCACAAAAUGCCGCGAGCCUCAAACGCCAUCGCUGAAAUGCCAAUGCUUCCCAAAAAAGUCGACGAAUUCGACAAAUCGAUUGAUCCGGAAAAGAUUGGAGUUUUGCGUGUUGAAUAUUCGAGACAUUGGAAGGCGGUGAAAAAAGGAUGGCUUGCGCAUCAAAGAAAACGAAAUGCCAAAUAUGCAAAGAGUAUUUCGCUGUUGGAGAAGAUUUUCACACCGCCCGAGUUGAGGGAAUAA